GUGUCCGCCCUAUCCCUUGUUUACCUCAGACCGCCUUGUCAUUCUUAUACAGGUGAGCGGCCGUCACUUGUGGGCGUGUCUUUUCCUCAGGCAGCCCAAUCUCUCCUGUACAGUAAGCGAGUGCCCUCAAUCCCUGGGCGUGUCCUCCCCUCAGGCCGCCCUAUGACUUGUGUACAGGAGAGGGGUGAGCGCCCACGGGCAGGUGUCACGUAAUGAUGAUGUCAUCCUUGGCAGGGCACUCAGGGAUUGCCCGGACUGUGUUGUUAUGCCCGCAAGCCGUAGAGGAGAUCCCAGCAGGUGUUCUGUCGAGAAGUGCUUGGCCGUAAGGAUGAGAAGAGGUGUCGGCCUGUGUGUGGAAGAAAGGAGCUCGGUCUAGCAGAACGGAUAGUGAGAUCUGGGAGGUCAGGAGUGUCGCCUGUCACAUGCUGUGUGGCCGGAGAGUUGUGUGGUGAGCAGACAAGCCGUCCGGUGUACAGACAUUCAGGAUGAUCCGGAUCCUGCUGCUCGUCUUAUUCUGUUCCAGCUCUUUAGGCUCAAGCCAGCAGCAGCCGGAGACCCCGGACUGGAGGAUGACCCUGAAGAGGAUCCGGAACGGAGUCCAUAAGAUUGACAUGUACCUGAACGCGGCUCUGGACCUGCUGGGGGGCGAGGACGGACUGUGCCGCUUUAAAUGCCGAGAUGGUUCCAAGCCAACUCCACGCUAUGGCUAUAAACCUUCACCGCCUAAUGGAUGUGGAUCUCCUGUGUUUGGUUUUCAUUUUGACGUUGGCAUACCCUCCAUGACAAAGUGCUGCAAUCAACAUGACCGCUGCUAUGACACUUGUGGUAACCUAAAGAAUGAAUGUGAUGAGCAGUUCCAGAGCUGCCUCUCCAAAAUAUGUCGAGAUGUACAGAGGACCCUGGGUAUUUCAGAGACUGUGAAAGCUUGUGAAUCUACAGUGGAACUUCUGUUCGAUGCAGUCAUACAUUUAGGGUGCAAACCCUUCAUGGAAAGCCAAAGAGCUGCUUGCAUAUGCCCCUAUGAAGAGAAGAUAGACCUUUGACCCUUGGAUAGUCGUUGCAGUAAUGAGCCUGGAUCUGGAAUAUUUGUCCAGUUUAUUUCAAUGCAUUUUGUAUUUUGAAGGAAAAUAUAUUUUUGUUUAAGUUGUGGAUUGUUUCUAGAAAAAUGAUAUUCUUGCAAUUUUCUGACACAGGUAUGCAUACAUAAAUGUAUGAAAGGGCACAUAAAUGUGUGCAUAUGCUUUUAAUAUACAUUUUUGAACUGGAUAAUUUAAUAGGAUUUUUUAUAUAAAGAGAUUUCAUUUUUUUUUUUGUUUGUUUUCAUUAAAUUUUAGCCAUUAUCCUAAUAUCUGCUAGAGCCAGGUACACAGAAAAUUUCACUACUUGGUUAUUUCAUGGACUGAUCAGACACCUUUUACCUAUUCACUGCCCGGGUCUGUUCAGAUUUGGUAUCUCCGGAAAGUAUUUUCUAGUGGGAAUAUUUUGCUUUUAUUCUAUUAAAUUUUAAGUCUUCUGUUUAAAUAAAUCUUAAUAAAUCUGUGCCUUUUCAUUGUU